AUCCCCAGCUACCAACCGACCGUGACUCCGACCCCCCCUCCCCGCAUCAGCGUCGACGACCUAAUCGCCUCCCUCCCGCUCGUACAAACCCUGCGCCAAAACCCCACAAGAUACAAAGAAUCGCGUCCGCAUCUGUCCAUGACGCCCUCGCUGCGCCCCGCGCACUUCGUCGCCGGCACGCUCUCCGGGCCCGAGAAAGUCUCCGUCGCGCCGUACAUGUUCACCAGUGAAGGAGAGAAAGAGGGAAGCGCGUCCCGCCCCCGCGCGCAAAUCAUCUCGAUCUUCCACAUCGGCGAGCAGAUGUGCGGACACCCGGGAUACGUGCACGGCGGGCUGUUGAGCGUGAUGUUCGAUGAGGCGUUUGCGCGGUGCGUGUCGGACUCGUUUCCCAGUGGGCUGGGGAUGACGGCGAAUCUGAAUGUGGAUUUCCGGAAACCGGCGAUUCCGGAUCGGGUGUAUGUGUUGCGGGCGGAGACGGUGAGGGUCGAGGGCCGGAAGGCGUGGGUGGAGGGGACGAUGAAGUGUUUGCCUUCGGGUUCUUCGCGGAAGGGUGCGGAGGGAGAGACGGUUGUGGCGGAGGCGAGGGCUCUGUUUGUUGAGCCGAAGUUUGCGGAUUCCAUGGUGCCGCUGUACCGGAACUGA